UUGCUAAUAGCAUAACAAAACCCUAUUUGAAGUUGGGAGAAAAUGGGGUCUCUAAUGGCCUCUCUUACUCUCACUCUUGUAUUGGCAAUAGUUUCUCUAAGCUUGUCAUCUCAAGCCUCAGCUGACAAGUACGACUAUUCAUCUCCACCACCACCAGUUUACAAGUACAAGUCCCCACCACCACCCUACAAGUAUUCAUCUCCUCCACCACCUCCUAAGAAGCCUUACAAAUACCCAUCACCACCACCACCAGUUUACAAAUACAAGUCACCACCACCACCCUACAAGUACCCUUCUCCUCCACCACCACCUAAAAAGCCCUACAAAUACCCAUCACCCCCACCUCCAGUUUACAAAUACAAGUCACCACCACCACCAGUUUACAAGUACAAGUCCCCACCACCACCACCUAAGAAGCCCUACAAAUACCCAUCACCACCACCACCAGUUUACAAAUACAAGUCACCACCCCCACCCUACAAGUACCCUUCUCCUCCACCACCUCCUAAGAAACCCUACAAAUACCCAUCUCCUCCACCCCCAGUAUACAAGUACAAGUCCCCUCCUCCUCCAUACAAGUACUCUUCUCCUCCACCUCCACCAUACAAGUACCCUUCUCCACCACCCCCAGCUUACUACUACAAGUCACCUCCACCACCACCUAAGAAACCAUACAAGUAUCCAUCUCCACCUCCUCCACACUAUGUCUAUGCAUCACCACCUCCCCCAUACCACUACUAGAUAGUGAUUUUAGUAUAGCGCCCCAUGGAUCUGAAGAACUUGUGCAAAUAAAGGAGAGGGAAGAAGCACCAUGCAGUUUAUACAGUGAAGAGUGGAACUUGUGAAAGCAGUAGUGUUUAUUUGGUUUCCCUUUAUUAUUUUUAUUUUGUACUUUAUAUAUUCAAAGUUUUAAGGCACUGUUCAGAUCUGAUCCAUGUCUUGUUACUCCAGUUAUAUUACUAUAUAAUAAAUAAAUACCAUGAUUUUUUUUCUA